AUGCCGCCGCGCCGCUGGGGUUCUUCGGGCUACCGCGGCAUUCGUGAGCACCCCAACGGCUGGUACUCCGCCGAGAUCCGGUCCGGCGACGUCCGGCUCGGCCUCGGGUCGUUCCGGAGUGCGUACGAGGCGGCCCGCGCACAAAAAUCCCCAUCGGAGAGCUCCCUUAUCCACACAGCACUGCUCGUGCUCGUCAUCAAUCCACGCCCCCAUCAGCGCUGCUCUCUCCUCUUCUCCGCCCCGGCCCCAGUUCCAUCCGUGCCACACCCCCCAUCUCUCUUCCCUCCUCCUGUCCUCCGCACGGACCGUGGCGCCAGAUCGAGGGAGCCUGGCAACGGAGGUCGCCGCCUCUCCGUCUCGAUCCGUCGGCUGCUAGAUCCGACUGCGUGGCCCGCUGGUGCCCUCCAGGGACCCCCAGACCCCGCGUCAGUGAGGACAGCCAUGGAUGGGCCCCCUGGAGCUCUUCUGCCGUCGCCCGAUCUGGCCGCCCGCCCAGUCGCCGGACCGUGCUCCGGAUCCGGCCAACAGCAUCGCCUCCGACUCGAUUCAGACGCCCACAACCUCCCUCCGCCACCUGCGCCAUGCAUGCCCCCAGCUCGCAAGGAGGCCAGGCACCUCGUCCAACUGAUGCACCGGCGGCGCGUAUCGGCGUGGGGGUGAGCCGGUGACACACAUCGGCAUAUUUCUUUUUCUCUCUUGUCAGUACCGCUUCGGGUUGACUUAUAAUAGUACUGCGGGUUGAAUACCCAAAACAGCAGGGGGUUUUCUGUAAAAAUGCCGACGACGUACGUUCUCUCGGUCUCUCUCUCUUUUCGUCUUCUCCGCUGUACGUCGCCCGACCUCCAAAUUAACCACUCCCGCCGUCGCGAUUUGAGCCACCGCCGGCAUGGUUGCCGUCUUCCCCGAACUCCGCCAUGCAUGCCAGCUCCUCCUCUCUCUGCGGUCCGCCCACGACCGCGCUCACCGCCGCUGGAUACCGUCUACCUCGCCACCGACAAGCUAGGGUAAAAAGCUAACUUUUUCUUUGUUUGUUUUUGCAGACGUGACGUGCGGUACGGACGACAAAGCGACGACCACCGCGGACACCCAUGCAUGCAUCAGGCCUCCCCCGGGCCUGAGCCACGCCGGCCUACAACACCGACGGUGACCAUGCCCCGGCUCGCCGAGAAACGCACAAGGUAGAUAAAGCUGGCAUCUUUGUGCAUCGAUCCGCGCCGCGCCCAACGUACGUCCUCGCGACCGUCCUUUCUCCGACGAAACUCCAAGUCGCCCGGGCUCUUGCUCCUUCACCCAACCAAGAAACUGACUGCCACCGUCCUUCAUGGUUGCCGUCUUCUUCCUCGCCUCCUUCCCAUGUGUGGUGUAGUUUGACCUACUCUUGGCGUAUAUAGCUCCACCGUCUUUGACGUACUCUUGGUGUAUAUAGCUCCACCGUCUCUCGUCUGCGCUAGCUCCAGGUCAUGCAUGGACGGCGGACAUGCCCCGGCCGGUUCGUCAUCGACGCCGGCGCCGAGGAACAACACAACACGUACGUACGAGUACGCCGCCGGCGUCGAUCGGC